CGUAGCGACCUUUUCCCAAGUUUUUCUUUGCGGAGGAGGACAACUCAAGCGCCAGACCUCUGCUUAAAAAUGAAAUCUAUCAUGAAAUGCCGGCAUGUAUCCUAUGUUCUUCUCAUUGCUGUUGUCCAAUGGCUGUGUUUGGCUAGAGCGUCGCACUUCCGGCAUGGAAACAUCGCCUGGGCUCCCGUAGACUCCAACAGUAACACGGUAGGAUGUACACUGCCUAACACUCCACGUCAAUGUUUUAUCGUUAACCCACAUGAGUUUCUUAAAUGUGCCUCGGGGCAAAAACUGAGUCAUCAAAAAAGCAACUCCAUGUAACUCUUCCGACGUCUUUCUUGCCGUUGACUGACUCUUUUUAAAGAAAAAAAUUACUGUGCUGUGCAGUUUAAACAAAAGGCAAUGUGCGAGGUUUAAAAAUUAUGUUCGUAACCUUCAUUCCAAAUGUCAGGUAAAAACAAUGUACUCUUUCUAUCUCUGUAAAUGGAAAGUACAGCCUAGCAAAGCCCCUAAGAUUUGUAUGUGGAGCUGCUAGGGUGAGUUUCAAGUCACAAUUAAAUAACUCCUUACCAUUUUCUACUUAAUUCCCUGAAAAAACCUUUUUUUGACGGGAGGGGGUGGAGAAUUCAAUCAUUCAUUCUUAAAGGUUUCUAAAGAACGUGUUAAAGGCCUUUAUGUUUAAUAGCAAAAAAAAUGGAUUAACCCGUAAAGUAGAAAACAGCGAUGCUCUGUAACCUAUGAGAGAAACAAAAAAUUAUCUAUUUUAGCUCCAUGUUUACCUGUCUAUUCCAAAAACUGACAGAGGAUCACUCCGCAACCUACCUCUGUGACUAUGAAAUAGUCCAAUCAUCUUAAUUAUUACUUAUUAUAAGCUAGGCUAGUGAACCAUUUGAAUCAAAACAAAGAAUUCAAGAACGCUUUCUUCAACUUCAAUUCUGCAACAGUCUUUUUUACUUGACCAAGUUAGUUGGCUAUUAGACUCUCAUACUGGUCCGCCUAGAUUAGCAAUUGCUAUUUUGCGGGCCAUUCUAUUGUAAUCAAUGUUGUUAUUAAAAAAGUUGAAGUUGAUAGUAGUUAAUACGUACAUGACAAUAUUUUAAUGGGAAAGUUCUAUUGUUCUCUUAAGCUAGCCAAUCAGAUAGCCGCUUUGGAUUGGUGCUCGGCGACCCUUUUUCAUGCCUAAGAAAAAUGUCUAGACGAAAGGCUCGGCUAUAUAUGGAAAAGCAAUACCGCAGCUUGUGACAGUGUUCUUUUUUCAUUGAAACUCCCUCAUUAUUGCAGUAAUUUGCAAAUCAAUCUUGCAUAAAAUGUGUAAUUUUUAUAUCAAAACAAGAGUACUUUAUCCUCAAAUCGGGGCAAAUCAAGAGCAAACGUCUGGUAAUGGACCUUGUGCAGUAUUUUCUUUAGUUUUCUGUCAAAUUAAUUAAAUGUCAUGUGUAAUGUAAACAGGAUUUAAACAGGAGAUGCUUGUGAUGUUUCCAGACAGUUUCUUUUAAAAAAAUAUGUGUUCAUGACAAGUUUACAUACCACAUAAACAUAGACAUUCCACGGCAUCCGAGAAACAGUUGAAAGCAAAUUGUUUUUGCCACUUAGCUUAAAAGGCAUUUAAGGAGCACACUAUAUACCCGCCUCUUGAAGAAGGCGUUUUGCGAAUGCAUCGAUAAUUUAUUUGGACAGGAUAUAGCGAAAAGUUAACUUUUUCGGCAGAUAGCAAGAAUUCAUGAACAAAGCUUAAACGGGCACCUUAGAGUCAAUAAAGUCGCCACAUUUAAAAGUUAAAUGACGAAAAUUAGCAAAGAUAUUAAUGGCCAAAUUUAUGCUAGAGACGAGUUAUCCGUCUAGACAGAUUAUCCGUCAGUCGGAUAAUUCGUCUAAGAAUAAAUCCGAAGACGAAUUUUUGCCCCUGCUACGUGGGGGUAAAGUUUACAGAAUAAACGUAAAUUUUCUAACAUGCAGUUCGCAUAUACCACGGAACGUAAGUAUUGAGAACAACAAGGACGGCUCCAAGCUUGAGAUAAAACAAUAAAGCUUUUCAUUUUUAUUCUGACGGAACUGAUUUAACUUUAGGUGCACUUAAGUUGUUUCCUGCUUUGGAAUUUAUUCAAUGUCAUUUCGCGCUUCGAUGUGUUUUUAAAGGAAUUCAAACCAUGCGUAGUUCAGAUGUGAUGCCUUUUAUAUCAAGGUAUUUUUACGAUGAGAACGACGCUGAAAAACUUUGCUGACAGCUCCGCGUGGCGGCCCACUCGUUUGCUGAGGAGGUCAGAUAUUAAACACAGAGUCGAAUUAGUUUGGAGGAAAUUUGGCCACCAAAGGUGACGAACUUUAUUUUCAAGAUCUGCCAAUAUAUAAUCGACAAAUAUCUCUUCUGCAAAGGUGGGGGAAAAAACCGCCACCCACUAAGACAAUAAAGAGAAACAAACUAGGAAUUAAUUCGCUGGCAGACGGAAGGGGAAUGGGUGGAAAAUGCUGAAAAUUCAGUUCAAACAAGCGAUGUUAAACAGCGUGAUGGUAAGCGAUCGAAAGGGGCGAGCACGCAUGGUAAAGCGUGAUCAAGAACGAUAUCGUCCGGAACGCCCUAAUUUCUGAUUGGCUGGAAAUAAGAAAGGCUUGUAGCCCGCCUCCUUAGCCUGCAAACCAUUAUCUAAACAAUGCCUUGCUAUAAAAUCCCAUUAGGAUGCCGUCAUAAUAUAACGGUGUCUUUUAUUUAAGAUUUAAUCACCUCUGUUUUUCUUUUUCUUUUUCUUUUUUUUUUUUCAGUUUUUUGCGGAAUUUGCAUAAUAUAAAUAACCAUCCAAAAGUAGUGAACAAAUCAAAUUUAAGCUGCAGCUGCUUUUAAGCCAUAAACUUCCCCAAGGUUAACAAAAAGUUGGGCUAAAAUGAUAUCUUGCAAAAAAUAAAAAAAUGUUUAAAAGGGUGUGAAAUUACGCCUUAGUACAGUGUAAUACAGGCACUUGUCUAUCGGGUUGAUGGACAUUCAAAAUUAGCCUGCAGUGCACGCGUAUUUUGGGCUAGUAAAAUUGUUAUUUAUAAUUAUUAUUAAAAUUAUUCUUUUUGUUGUUGUUGUUGGUGCUGUUGCUGUUAAUGUUAUUAUUAUUAUUAUUAUUAUUACUUUAAGAGUUGGUUUCGAGUCUAACCUUAUUAAUAGUGCAGUGCGUAAAAAAGAAAAAUAUCUGAACUUGAUCAAAGAAAUGAGUAGAAAUUACAGAUGUGUGUAAACCUAUCCAUCCAUGAGCUCCCUUGGCGUUUUCUCCAACGAAUGCUCCAUGUUCGUAGACAUGAUGAAUGACAUUGGCAUUGACAAAAAGCAGCAACAUUAUAUAAUCAAAAAAAUGAUAAAUAUAGCCAUUAGAGCAACAUAUUAUAUCUUUUGUUGUAGAAAUAGAAAUUUGGAUAGCCCAAAAUUAAUGAAAUUUAGAUUUUUAAUAAGGGACCGGUUAUUAUUUAUCGCGUAAGGGGGCGGGGAAGUUAAGGGGAAAUCACUUAAUUUUUGGGAGAACAAACGGGAGGAUCACUGAAAACAUUGGAAGGAUUCAGACGGGGGGAGGGGGGGGGACCACUCAAAUUUGCUUGCAAAAUGAAAACAUGGGGGAGGGGUCAAAAAGACAAAUACAGUUUCCAUUAUUAGUAUUAUUUGCCUACUAAGCCUAGGCAAACAUGUUAGUUUCCCUCUUUAUUACCAGAUUCGUUUUACCUUUCGUCUGGCUUUCCGAAGAUCGUAUUCGGCCUUGUAUAACUGUGAUCAAAGUACAAUUCACUGACAAUUUAUAGUGGUAGUCGAAUUGGCUACGGAGAUUCAUGGACAGCAAACUGUGGCAAUCCAUCUUGCAGCCAGACAUCGAUCACUGAUGCUGGCUUCCACUGUACUGACUAUAGCACUGUUGAAGAUUGGUCCAUGGGGGAUAAUUCUAUGGGCUGAGAAUAUCUAGUUAAACUUUAUGUUUCUUCUUAUUUUUUCCUUUUUACAUGCCCAUCAGCUUCGUUUCACGUUUCGUCUGGCUUUUCGAAGAUCAUUCUCGUCCUCCUAUUACUGAUCAGGAGGUUCAUCGUAUGCCAAGUGUAAUUAUUGCUCAUCAACCACUAUUGUAAGCACUGGUUUUCGCUGUACAGACUACAGGAGCAACGAGGAUUGGUCAAUGGGUGAAAAUAACUUCAACUACACUUUUUCAUUCUACAAUAGAUGGGUUGUAACGUACAUUCCUCUAUUUAAUGCGUUUUUUUAUCUUACGACCUCAGUUUCAAAAUCAUAAAUGACUUUUAUCAUCUUCAUCAUUCAUUUUCAUACAAAAUGUGAUGAUCAACUUAUCACCGGUCAAGCAAGAUGCGAUUCAGAUGAGUGUCAGCAUCCGCAGUAAGGUCUUUCUAUCAAGUGCCUUCUUUACAUAUAGUUCUCGUCUUGUGUCAUAAUGAUGACGAUCCAGUGCAGGAUCGUGACAUUUUGUCUGAUAUACUGCAUUUUGUUAUAGCUAUGGCGGCUGUUGUUGGAUAUCCUUGUCCCGGUAUGGAAAUGGCAAUUGGUUUAUAUAGACCACCGUUCUGACCAGAAGGUCAGAUAAUGGGAGAAUUAACUCGUCUCCUGUAUCAAGAAGCCCCGCUAUUGUACGCUGGUCUGAAGGCUGUCCCAGUCAGUCUCUACGGAUCCCAGUAGAAGACGCAGACGGAGAUGUGGUAAAAUGCCGCUAUGCAAAAUACUCCGAGUCCUCCAUUUACGACGACAAAAUGAUUGAUUGAUUGAAGCGUGCUAAAUGAUCCCAAGAACUUCAGCUAAGACUGACAGUAGAUAAUGAGUGACUGUAACAUCAAAAACAAAUCAUGGUGUUUUUAACCUUGCACUGUAAAAACAGACCAGUUAUAGCAACUAUAUUAAAAGGUUAUAACCAGUUGCAAAAGGUAAUUUUAACCUAAAAUAAACUAGUUAAAAUCGUAACCUUUAUGUUAUUGGUUAGAUUAACCAAUGAUCAGCAGUUGUUGUGACGGUUAUAAUUCCGUUAGAAUAUCGACUGGUCAAAAUAACUUUUCAUGGCAGUCAAAAUAACGAAACCAAAUGGUUAAGCAAAUGGUAAAAAUGUGCAUCUAACCUGAAAUCAAUUGGUUAACAUCUUUUAUUAACUAUUUGUUGGUCAUGACCAACCAAUAAUGAUCUGUUAUUUAGAGCUAUGAAGGAGGUUAAACACUGAAUGGUCAAAACUGACUUUUCCGAGGGGUUAAACUGAACGGAAAACCACAGAAGGAAAUGGCUACACAAACGGCGGGUAUGACCCAACCUUCAACGCAGACUUUUCCCUUAUGCUGAAGAAAGAACAAAUAAUCAGCAUUUAUUAUGGGAUUUAGGAUAGGUUAAGACUGAAUAGCCAAAUCAACUUUCCCCAACAGUUAAAAUAUUUUAAAUGACUUGCAUCCAACUCGCGAGUCUUGCUUCAAUGACUGGGCUGGUACGCGCUCGCGAGAGGCGAAGUCGCGUGACGCGAGGACUAUUUUCUUCUCUGACGUUUCCCUCGACGGACUAGCCGAGAGAACUAAUCGUCAUCUAGGUGAAAUGAUUCUUCAAGAUGUCCUGUACAGGUUGUGUCAUUCAAAUCAAUGCUGAGCACCUCGAAAAGCCAACAGCUAUCCUCGCGUGUUUUCAAAAAAUACUUUCGUGUUUUUCACCGGUCACAAAAUUCCAGCGGGUUUCCGGUAUUUGUCUUAAGUGACCUAAAGUAACUCUAUUUCGUCACGUCACGAACCCUAAAUGGCGUUAAAUGUUCUCAGUAAAUUAAAAAUCUUACUCAGUAACCUUUUUAUAAGCUUAAACUAUUUCAUGGUUGGAAACUUGUGAGGCGAUUUUACUGAGUUUACUCGAAAAACAACUAAGGGUUUUUAGAAAAUGUUGCAUUGUUUCCUGUCAACUGUAGUAUGUUACUUAACACCUUGACGUUAAUCUACUUAGCUAGCCAAUGAGAGACUUGUAAUUUCAAAAUCAAUGCCAAAUUCGGCUCUCAUAGUUCAGUUUUUUAGUUUAACCGCCUUGCGCCGAGGUGAAGUCAGUACUCUUGCUUCAUUGCUGCGAAAAGAAACAUUUUAUAUUUCGCCUGGAUAAAGCCCCUCAUGCCAGUUAAAAGUCAAUGGCAGCUCGUUUCUUAGUCACGGACAGCAAUGGAGAUGUGGCAAGUAAAAAGGUAAGGUGAUUUCAAAUUUACGCAAGUCCGAAGAUACCCUGCGAGCAGAGUCUCCUUCGAUCUUCCUAGAUAAGUCGACUUAUCUAGGAAGAUCGAAGGAGACUCUGCUCACAGGGUAGUCGGAAGACAACGUCUUCAGAAUAGAUUACUCACUUGAAUUUCAGUCUUUACUGCUUCUACAAAAUUCUUAGCUAACGAAUACCUUGCAAAUCUUUCAUUCAAAGGAGGAUGAUAAGAAGAUCAUGACAGAAUUUACUUCAGUUGACCACCUGAAACAGAUAAGCAAAAUAUCUGCCCCGUCGACUAAAGACAAAUGAACACAGGCAAAAUCUCGAAGACUUGCUUCACCGACCUUCGCUGAAACAGCAUGACCGGUAUGUAUUGCUUAUUUUUAAACAGAACUCUAAAUCGUUUUUAAAAUUAUCUUUUUGCAAAUAAAUAGACGCGUUUUGAGACAACCCCACGCACUUGCGUGGCCCUUUAAAGUUUUCUAAAUGUUCAGUACAGUUGCAUAGAUUUUCCGGUCUUCGGAUGACCAUCUUAAUUGCAAUAUUGUACUGCUGUUACAGAGCUAUUAUACGCUAUUACAAAGCUUUUUUUUUUAAUGUAGCUUUGAAUUGCGCGUUGCUCACGAUGACCACGCACACGCGUGCGUGCGUGUUCCCCACAGGCGUAUCGCUGAAAGACUGUAAUUUUUCGUGCGUUAACCAGUGAACUUAAAAACGAAAUAUUUUCGUUUAUUUCAGAAAUAUCACCAAAUUUGAACGACUGAGGGAAUAAACAACUUUGAAUGAAGCUCGGCGAGUACCCAUAUUUUCAUUACAAGCAAGACAAGUCCUGAUCCGGCGGAUGAGUUACCCUCAACGAACCACUGCUUGGAAUAGGACCUUUUUUCGCUUUCUAGUAGAAAAACGUGGCUUGUAGAACAAUGAAAGGCACUGGUACUUUUAGAUCAUAUGCUCCGCUUCAAUCAUUAGCCAAACAAAGAAAGUUACAUGUACAGCGGGUGAGGAGUUGACUCUUCACUGGCAAGAUCUUACAAUUAUUAUAUCAUUGAAUCUCACGAAAUUCUUAAUUCCCUAUGUAGUUGACAAAGCAGUUUUGGCAGGAAAGGCACUUAUACCUUAAGGGUUUAAUUUCAUCUAAGUACUGUAUCACCAUUGAUCCUGGAGGUACUUGAAUUUUUUCUGCUUAAGGAUGUUUCUGUUUUACAAUAAUAUGCCAGUGUACAAAGUCUUGUUUUGCAGUCUUGUGAGAGACAUGCAGUAUUCCAGUUUAAAUUUGCUAUAGUUUAGGAAGCAGGGCUGAUUGUUUAAUCAUUCCUUGUUCUGCUUUAAAUACUUGUAUUAAGAAACAUAAGCAUUUUUUACUUGCAAUGUUGUAUGAUUAUCUUUUUUAUGAAGUUAGUGGUCAACUAUGUUGUUGUUGUUGUGUGUAGAGAACGGUUAACACAACCAUUAAAAAUGUUGCUGAAGACUAUUAUUGCGAGGUUAAUGUAAUUCAUUAUUAUCAGUUAAAACAACCGUUUUCUUCUAACCCAUAUGGAAUGGUUAAAGCUACCACCUCUUGACUAUUUAAAAUGGGUUACCACAGAUUCAUCGCUAGUACCCAAAAAACUGGUUUACCAUGACCACAAAAAAUGGUUAUUAUAACUUAUCUGUAUGGGUUGAAACAUACUUAUCUUUUUAUUUCGGUUAUAACAACUAAAAAUUUAAAGUUAGCUUAACCAAAAAGUAGAGGUUAUGACAAACAAGUCAUAAGAAGUGGCGUGGGCUGUGGUAGAAACAACCAUUUUUAAGGGUUAAUAUAACCCAUAAAGAAAAGUUAUUUCAACGGGAAUAAAAAAUGGUUAACCUGAACUAUAUUUUUUUGGUUACCGUAACCUAAUAAAAUACGGUUACCUGGGAUUCAAACCUUAACCAUUUUUUUGAGGUCACUAUAACUGGUCAGUUUUUACAGUGUGGCUUGUCUUAGUUACUGAGAUGGAUCGUUGAGUAAAAGUAUUACAAACAUGGUCUUUACAAUGAUCUUUUUACACACUCAUAGGUCAACUAUAUUCAACGAUUUUGAGUGACAUUUAAGUCAGAAUGACAAAGCCAUACCCUUAGGCGGCUCACAUUUUGUAGGCGAGAGCGUUGAUCUAAUUGUCUGAAUCACUACCUAACAACUCGAUCGAGAGCGUAAUAUUUGAAUAGCGUGCAUGAUGGUAUUCGCGGUAUUGUAACGAUACGCUGACUAAGCCUGCCUUGAACUUCCGCGGUGUGUACGGUUGAGCGGUCCGGUCCUGCCCGUUCUCGGAUGCAGCUCUAAUGUAGAAAGUCUAAGAUAAAAAAAAAUAAGUAGUUAAUCAAAGAAAUAAAAGAGGAAAAAGGAAAAAACCCAACCGAAAAAAAUGUAGAUAAAGUCAGAGAGGUCCGUGGAAUUCUCGGGUUUAAUUCUCUCUUAUUUAGUUCUAGAAAGCAUGGAAGCAGGUGCCCUUUAUUGUCUUCGCUGUGAGUGUUCUAAGCCUAGCAAAAAAUAAAAACAUAGCCACAGUAGCAUUUUGUGUAUUCUCAAUAUUUUGAUUUGUCAGACACCAUAUGCAUGCAGAAAAAAAUGUAAACCUUGCUGGACCCUACUAUGGAUUUCAUUUUAAACAAUUAAUAAGAAAUUAAAUGGAAACAAUAGAAAAAAUAAUGAAACAUUGUGUUAGUUCAAACCACUGUGCUCAGUGCUAUAACGCCUCCUCCUCAGGCACUUCGUUUUUCGCAUGGUUUCGCAUAGAGGCGAGCGCAAAACGCGAGUGACUGGUGACGAAGCGCAAGGGACCUUCCCGCCUUCCUUUGGGCGCAAAAUUUCAUCGAGAGAGAGAGAGCCUACGUCUAGGUACGCGGCAGGUGCUAUAAACUGAAAUCAGUGCUAUACUACCCCUAGUUACGCCCCUGCUUUCAAAGAUUCUGUCUAAUGUUCUGAGUCCACAUCAGGCUGAGUAUAGCAAACCGAAAGCGCCAGUACAAAGUUAAGUCACGGAUGCCUUUGUUGUAUUUCAAGAAAAAUAAUAACUAAAGGUAGUUUUAUUCUGAGACUAUGAUAAAUGAUCAUGAGGUUUCUUUAGGAAUUUACAGUUUACAGUUACUUCUAAGAAAUUCAACAACGUUUUCUCGUGAAAUGUCGCUUAGUCUCUAGAUCGACAAAAUCUGUUGCCGUGACGUUUUUUCUUUUUUUUUUUUUUUUUUUUUUUUUUUCUGAUAACCCGGUUAAUACGGACACUAUGGCGUGUUCCCUUGGUGUCCGGAUAAUUUAAAUUACACUUCACUGUUUGUCUUUAGAUUCGUUUCACAUUUGGCCUGGCUUUUCGAAGAUCUGCCGUGUACUGCGAUUCAAAUACCAUCAGCACAGGUAGUCUUCUUGCUUCCGGAGAUUCAUGGACAGCGGAGUGUGUUAACUAUGCUGGCUACAGUUCACAAUGCAAUUCAGUUAACAUAGGAAGCACUGGUUUUCGCUGCACUGACUAUAGUAGCAGCGAGGAUUGGUCACUGGGUGAAAACAACUUUACGCACACCUUCUCAUCGAUCCACGACGAAUGGAUUGUAAGGCAAGUUUGCACUUAAAAUCUUAUAUAAGAUAAAAAUUACGACAAAAUGUUAUUAAACAAAAGCAUUAAUGUUAAAAGACUUCUAACAAUAUAUCACGAUGCGAUUAAUUCUUUAUUUUUUGUUAACAGCUACAGAAGUUGCUGUUGGAUAUCUUUAUUCCGGUAUGGUGGCAGUUGGCGAUGGCUCGUAUCAACGACCGUAAACCUUACCAGACGGUUAGAUAAUGGGAGAAUUAACUCGUCUCCUGUAUCAAGAAGCCCCGCUAUUGUCAGGUGGUCUGAAGGCUGUCCCAGUCAGUCUCUACGGAUCCCAGUAGAAGACGCCGACGGAGAUGUGGUAAAAUGCCGCUAUGCAAAGUACUCCGAGUCCUACUUUUACCAAGAUAGUUUUCCUUAUGGCACAUUAGAUGAGGUAAUCAAUAAUUUUUGUGUUAUAGUGUGUAUGUAGUUUCCACAUGACUCUAGUAACGUUCAAAGCGUUGGAUAGUGCUGUUUAUCGGAUAAAUCCCAAUCCUUCGGAUAAGUAUUGGGUAAACUGACCAGUAACGUUAUCCACGAUAUCAUCCUUUUGAGCAACUGAGGCCUCAAGCUAUUUGUUGUCAUAUGUCAAGAUACCAGAAGGCCGAAUUCUGACCCAAAAUUCGUAGAUCAAAUUAAACACUAAGUAUCUUUAUAUAGUGCAACAAGUGUUAUUGCAAAGUGCGACAGCUUAUAUUAUUACAAAAUGCGACGGUCUGAUCACAAAGUGCAACAGCUUUUUAUUAUAAAGUGCAAAGUGUUAUUACAAAGAGCGAUAGGUAUUACAAAGCGCGACAAUUUUAUUACAAAGUGCGACGAUUACUACAAAGUGCGACAGAACAGCCCCUGUCCCUUUUUGCUGUUCUCACCAGAGAGAGUAACAUUAUACUCCAUCUACCAAUCUUCAUAUUUUGAUUUACCCUUAUUGAAAUUCAAGUGGGCUUCAUCUUAAUUUUUGCCCUUUGGCAGAAAACGUGUUUGCUGACGUAUAAUGGCAACAAUGGAACGGCUGGUACUUACGCUGUAGCUCUGACCUUAGAGGACUUUCCAGCGGGAACUACAGAUUUCGUCAGCGUUUCUCCAUUCAGUGCUGUGGGGCUGCAGUUUCUUGUCAUAAUAAGCAGCCAUUCGGGUUCUUGUAACAAUGUUCCUGUAUUUACGCCUUUAACUCCUAACGAUGGAGAAUGCACCGAAGUGCAGAUUGGUUCAUUGUACAGAGCUGUCAUUGAAGUUACAGUUGCAGACUUUUCAAAAAGGUCACCCUAUUUUACUAUUUUAUUUUAUUUGGAUAAAUAAUUAAAAUGAUGGUCUGUGUUAAAAACUCCUCGGGUCCAUAAAUCAAACCCGUCUUGCCGGUGAAGCAAUUAAAGAUUUUGUACCCCUCUAAACACAGGGUCCAGAGGAGUUUCGUGUGAAUAAAUGAAUCACUUAUUUUAAGUCUCACCCUGAAAAAUGUCUAUAUCUGUCGCUUAGCACGAUUAAUUAGCCCAAAUUAAUGGAAUCUUUAUGAAUCUACUGUAAACGAUUUCUUCGCUUCUUAUCUGACCCAGAUCGACUUUGUUGUUAGCCAUUUUGAAAAUCAAUAACCGCAAGCCAUAUCCUCGCUGGCGCACGGCACGUCGCCCGAAGGGUGACCCAAGGCCGUCACCAGAAGGGCGACCGAGGCACGAAGUACUGUAAGCCGAUCUUGCGAGCCCUCAGUUUCUUGGUUUGUGGUCUAUAGAAUGUGUAACGAAACUGUAACGCGAUCAAAAUAACCCAUUUUUUCAGAGGUUUUCGCCGGGUUUUGAUGUUCUAACGACAAACACAUCUCCUCUGGACCCUGUGCUCUAAGUUACAAAGAAGCCAGUCUUAAGGUAUCAGCCACCCUUCAGGACCGUCCGCGCGCGGAUCACUGUAGCGUUAGUUGUUUUUAUAAAAACCCCUAUAAACCAUAUAUUUUUUAAAAGCUUAAUAAUUCCAGAUUAUGGAUUUGAACUAACAAAAACGAUUUACUUAAAUGUGUUUCGAAAUUGGAACGCUUUGUGUAAAAGUACACAUCUCUAUAAAUCAUGUUCCACUCCCGCCGGAAAUAAACGGAAGAAAACAAUUAACACCGCAUUCGCUUCUCAACACGUUCCACUAAAAAACCGUGUCUCAGAUUUUUGACAAGUGCGUUUGUUUUUCUUUUAUUAGCAAAUGAAGUUGGGGAAGGCAAUUAGUCAACACUCCCUGUGGAAAAAAAGCUCUAGCUUUAAAAUGAAAGGGAGUAUUAAAAUUCGCAGACACAGUUUUUUAGAAGAGAUAUAUGGCAUCACUCUGGCCAAAUUUUAGCCAAAUUGAUCGAAAGGCUGCCGACUUGGAGUUAAAAACGUACGAGUCGAUCGGCAAAAUUUGCGUUCGGAGAUAAAAUAGAAAAUACAUUUUUGGCGGCAUCCUACCUGGAAUGAGAUUAUAACACCUAAAUGUUUAUUCUGAUUGAUAUCAGAGAGGGAUCAAUUUUCUCUAACAAUAGGACUUUGACAGGUAACAUGUAACAGGAACAAACUUUCGCGGCAAGCAAGUGAACAGUUUAAUUCUCCGUUGGAAAACUUCCACUCUUUUACACCACGAGAAGCACGGUUUAAUUCUUUCUCGAGCAAAAGUUUUGCCUCUCCUUCGAUCUUUUUUGUAUGAUCCGCCCAGGCAUUUUUGUUGAUCGGCGCCAGGCCAAGGAAACUAAAAAACUUUGAAGCCGCCGAAUGUCCACCACCGAUUGCUCGAAGGCCAAGAACUGAGGCCCGGUUUAUUUCAAACGCUCUGCUCUUCUCGGAAGAAUUAAAAACAGAAUUUGUCUUGUGCGACGGACAGCUUUCAUUCUCGCACUGGAUUCUCCAGGUAGAACCAAGUCCAUGCUUAGUUGCUACAUUUUCCAUGACUUGGACUCUUCCCCGGCAAAAUCGACAAGAUACAGACUCGUCCAGUUUCUCAAGCAGCUGUUCGCUCGAUACGAUAGCUCGACCGCUUAUUGUUUUCCACGUUCCAUCAGCAGAUGGGGUCGAUGAGCUUAAUUGGCUUUCUUCAUCUGGUUCUUCAAGCUGGAUUUUGGAGCAGCUUGCACUCUCAGUAACUGCAGCAUUUUCGCUUUUCUGAAUAUCCAACUCCUCGAGCCACUUCUCUUGCUGAAAAAAUGAGCCCUUAACGCUCUCUGCGAAUUUUGCGGCCCAUUCUUUGUCAAACUCGCUCUUCGAUUUCUUUUUCGCUCUCGGUUUCGAUGACGAAAACAGACACGACCUUUUCUUUUUUUGGCGGCAUUUUUACCGAAGCAAACGCUAAAUAUCCACGGAGAAAAAUACUAAAGGCUAUAAACAACCCGAAGACAAUUUGCACGUGUUGUGUCGAAGUACACACUCAAUCAGUAUCACGUUACUAGUUCACAGGCACGGGUAUGACAGAUCUUGUCAACGAUCAAUAAAGAUAAUUAACGAGAAAAAAUCUUUUACCCCCGAUAUCUUUCGACAGAAAUAAUAUUUUCUUCUGAUUUUUUUUUUAAAAGAAAGCUCUCAAGCAUACCUAUUUGAAAACGUUGAAACCUCAAAUACGGAAAAAUGGCAAUUUUAAGGGUGGCUGAUACCUUAAUGUAGUCACACUUGGCUUUUGUUAUUUUUAAUUAUUACAUUAGAUUCGCCAAUUCUUGACAGAGUCACCACAAUUCAGUCACUGCGCGGAACCAGUAACAGUCCCUCCCCUACUCUUUACGAACAGUGUGUGGGUUCAUUAACGUCCUACAGAAUUUAUGUAGGCAAGGGUUGGGAGACGGGGCCUUAACGGUUUGUCGCCCUUAUCAGAGAAGACUAGGAAGACCGGGAUUUGAGCCAGCAGCCUCCCGCUCGACAGACCGUGCGCUUAUCUAACUGAGCAAACUGGGCGAUAACUACCAACGUUCAAAUGAUUAUAGUACUAGCCGUCUGUGGGCCUGAAGAUCUCCUAAACUGAUGCAGAUCUAUAUAAACUAAUUAAAAUAUAAAAAAGAUUGUCGUUCAGGUUAUCGCUAUCAGAAACUAAUCAACACUGUAAAGAUCGAAAAACGCGUUGCUAUAAAUCCUUAACUUGUAUUUCAUUUUGAAAUUUCAGCAUCGUGGAGAUAGUGACUUCAUCUCCGCUUGGAAUGCAAUUUACUUCUUUAAGUUUCCAUGGAGGAGUUUAUUACAGAAAUGUCACGUGGUACCCCAGCCAAAACCAAGUAGGACAGCAAUCGUUUUGUUUCAAAGCAGUUGACUCUUCGGGGUGAGAUGGCGAAAAAAUAGUUUCUUGACUGAUAUAGGACGAAUAGUUAAUAGAAUACAUGUAGAAUAAUAUUACUGAGGUAUUUGCGCGAGAUUUCGCAGAAAAGUUAUUUAGUGUAUUUCGCCGUAUAUCAAUGCACAAAACUAUAUUUAAAAUUGAAGGCAUUUAAAUGAGCUGUUAGAACUGAUAUUUUGUCCUCGGAACAUGACAUAAUUAUUAUGAUAUAUGAAUAAGAUUCUAAAUUUCAGGCCUUGGAUGAAAUUCGGAAAUCCCUAAGAAAAUUCCAUACGAAUUGGAACGAAUCAAUUUCGUCUAAUAAAAUGAGCACUUUAGCAUUACUGGUUGUACAGUUUAUGAUCUUCUUUGUGAAGAUCAUCUUAAUUUAAGGCUCAUACUCUGGCGUGCCACAUUUUGUUUAUAACAUUUAGCUUAAACAUUCAGUUCGCUCUACAGAAACGUUUUUGCCUUGUUAAGGGUGUUAAAAGGUAACAACUCAAGGUUCAUCUCAUGAUCGGCAACGCAAUUAAUAUCGACUACGUUUCUGAUGUUUCGGUUUGGCCCAGUUUUUGUACUUUUCUGACUCAAUAAGUUGGUGGGGCAUAGUCCUGUAAUAGGAGUGUGGUUGACAGUAGCUCACGUUUCGACGAUCAUGCUCCACCUACUUAUGAAAUGACUCGUGGGUUCAAACCUUUCACAAUUAAUGUUGUAAACGUUGCACAAUCAGGAUAUAAUUAUUACAUUAAGAAAUGCAUAUUCUUUUUUCCCUUUUUCUCGUAGCAUGGGAACUGAAUGGCGCUGCCUAACCAUUCUCGUGGGAAUAAGUAAGUAACCGUAAAAGCAAAUCGAACCUGAAAAACCAUGGUACAAAAGCAGGAGCAAUGCUAAAAGAUUGCUUAUCGUGAGGUUCUCUUUUAGACGCGGUCCAUUAAUGACCAGCACAAAAUGGUGUUGAGUUCGCACAUUGAGUGCCCGGUAUGGAACUGUGUAGAUGGUCACUCCAUUUAGCCUUUUCAGACGCCAUUUUGAAACAAGCUUAGCAGUGAGUACAUCUAGCACAAAACAGUGGACUGCCCAGAACUAACAAAAACUGUGUACAGACGGUGUCUACUUUUGUACCCGAGGACAAGAUCUUGACCUCGGUCACUUGUAAAAUGUCCGAAUUCUAGCGGGGUACUUGAAAAAAGGGCAUGUUUAUAUUUAGGGACUUGUCAGAAAUUAGCAGGGGGGGAGGGGGAGUGGAAAUUCAGGGAGGGUCACAACUUUUUGAGACUCAGAAAAGGGAGGGGGUCAUGAAAAAUGGGCCAUUAAAAGGGGGAGGGUCAUGCAAAUAUAUGCCCGUGAUCAUGUAGAGGUUCACCCACAGAAGAAAAAGGAAGUUCUUUAUUUGGUAAAAAAAAAAAAAAAAAGAACAACGGAACAUUAUGGAUAUAAACUGUGAAGUACUAUUGCAAGAAUUUAACAAACAUCUACUUUUCAUUUAUAACAAUGCUAUAGAGUCUUACUGCAUUUUUAUUAUGAAUAAUGUUGUUACUAAUGUCAUUAGAGUUUUGACUAUCCUUUUCAUCACUGUCUUCAGCAUCACCAACAAUGCUGGUGUGAGCAUCUUGAUCAUCAUCAUUUAUGUCAUCAGCAUUGAUGCAAUCACUUUCAUCAUCAUCAUGAUUUUCAUUUAAGUUGAAGCGUAGAUAUUGCUUGAUAAUUUCCUGUGAUUCAUUGGUGAACAAUCCCUUCUCAAAGGCAUAUUGGAUAUAUGGCCUUUAUGUUUUGAGGAGCCCACUUAUUCCUUCAUAAUGAAGAGAUAAUGGACCAAUAGGCUCUGUAACAUCAUGCGACUCUUACUGAGGUGCAAUGGUUUCAAUAACUCUUUUGCAGUUAACCUCCAUUUUUUUUGCCCUAGCUUUUUUUGCUUUCCUUUUAUUUUGUUUUUGUUUCCUUUUUUUCUUGUUGGCUUGGAAUACUGCACCUUAAAGAGCCUUCAAUUUUGUGAGGUGGGGAGGGUCAUGAUAUUUUAGGCCAAGCUCAAGGGGAGGGUUAGCAAAUUUCACUCCCAUUGCAGGGAUGGGUCACCUAAUUUCCAAACCCAAAUUUAAAACUCCCCCCCCCCUAGCCUCCUUCCCUCCCCUGCUAAUUUCUGACAAGUCCCUUUAGAGCCCAGCCAGUACCGUUGGCACUGCGCGCGGGCACUAAUUGUGAACGCUGCUUCAGAUAACGCAAAUGUUAUCUAACGGCUGAAUAGAUGGCGAUGGUGAAGAACGUCUAGAAUUGUGUUUUACACAUAGCAUUAAUUUGCUGAGAUUUUUUUUAUUGCUAUUGCUGACGCACAAAUUUUGUUGAGUAUAUAUCGCUAUUAUUUCAAAAAAAAGUUGAAUUAUUUUUUAAUUGUAGGUAGUACACCUCGAGUCAUUUGGGGAAGCCAGACUCCACAAAGUCCCCUCAGUAACAGCGGGCCGGGUUACAUAUGGUGGAGUAUACAGUUUGAUCGUGUGGUAAGUACGUACAGUAUUCUGAUUAACGUUCUAAAUCGUUGCUUAAAAUUAGCUUGGCAUAGUCCUCCUACUUUAUUUGACAAGCAUCGGCAUCCUCAUCAUUUCAUAAAUAAAAUGUGUAAAGCAGAAUAUUGGUCAAGUUUUAGACCAUAAAUAUGAGCAAACUUGACUAGUGUGGUAAGUAAAGGGAUUAUUAUGUACAAAAAACGCCCCUUUCAGAAAAAAAAUCGAGCGAUUGCGAAUGAGUGUCUCGCCCGCUCGUAUAGCCAGUUCAAAAACAGAUUCUCAUAAUCUUUCCUGCUCACAUAACAAAGCUAGCUGUUAACGUAUAUUUUUGGUUAAAAAUACAGAUAAAGAAGCCUCGCACUUCUUCCUUCAUCCGGCUGGUUCUUCUUCCCAGUGGUCACACAGUUCAUAAAGUGGACACACUCUCUCAGUUUGUCAUAAUCAACAGUGAUCUUACCACCCUGCAGUUUCCAAUGCCUUAUGCUGCAUUAGGUAUGAACGGCUCGUACGCCAUUUUGAUGGAUCGUGGAGCAGUAGUUGGACAAGGUUGUUCGUACGAUGGACCACCUACACCAGGAAUAACUAACACAAGUGACUGGCAGUUUACUGCUGGUUUUUGUCCUGUCGGAUAUACCCUUGCUCCACCAGAUUUUUCCAACUGUGUUGGUAUGUAUAGUUAGCUAUUUUCCCGAUCGCACCUGAUUAUUUAUAUAAAAUAUUUCUACGUUUCUUAUUGGCUCAAAUUCUCCGGCUAAUUCUCCUUUUGCAAUAUCCGGUAAAAUGACGUCAAAAGUACAGGCUUUCGCCAGAAAAAGGUAUAGCAGCCUAGAACCUCUGGGUAAGGGGUUGUGGAAGCUGUUUCUGGGGAAAGUUUGCAGAAAUUUCACACGUUUAGCGAAAAACCAUAGCCAACUUUCUGUCAUUGAAAGAACAGCAAAUUAAUACAACUCAACGGAUAAGCCACUAGUUGCUAUUUGAAGAAUGCCUGUCAUAUUAAACUUGCCUUAAUCAUUUUGAAGUUUUCGAGGAAGAGACGUGAGACGAGAACUUAACAUCGAUCGCGGUAAGCAUGUUUUCGAGUAAGAAUAAUUAAACGAUUAAUGCUAAAAUUUGUUUGAAAAAAAAUUGGACAGAUAUAACCUUAGGGAAAGGCAUCCCUCUCUUUUCCUCUUUCGAGAAAUCCCCGCUAACCAAGCUGGAAAAUAUCCAUGUAUUCAUCAAGUUAACUCCGUGGUCAGUCCGAUCAGGCGAAACUAACUGGAUAUCGGACAGCACUGAAUAACAUACUACUCAGUUAUCUGCACUGUAUCCAAUCACUCUGGCGCCAGCUUUUUGUAUUAGCUGAUCAUAACCGAGACCUCUGUUAUCUCGGUAAGCAGAAGAAAAUUCUUAAGUGGCCUCAAUCAACUUCCUUGGGCCAAUGUUGAUUUGUAUUCUGAUCCAAAUGAAAUGUGGCGUGUAUAGAAAGAAAUGUUUCUUGGCUGCGUCAAUAAACACGCACCACUCAAAUCGAAACGAAUUCGAAAACUGACGAUCUCCACGGAUUACUAGAGAGUCACUGUGUAAAAUCCGAAAACGAGAUUUCCUUACAAUCUCCUCCAAUAACCCGGCUAUAUGGAAUCAAUUUAGGUGUGCAAGAAACCAGGCAAAUAACGCAAUUAAACUCGCAGAGAAACUCUUAGACUAUCUUUCUGACAACCUCAGUGGAAGUUAACAAAGGUAAUUUGCGCAAAACAUGGAAUAUUAUCAACGAGAUAACUUCACGUAACAGAGGUUAGUCGACGAAUAUUUUGGAGAUCAAGGUACAUAAUAAAAUAGUAAAUGGACAUUGCGGAAACUGUUAACGAUCACUUUACAAAUGUGCGUUGCUCAAGUAUUAGCACAAGAUAUUCCUGUUUUCGAUGUUAAUUCUGAGUCUUAUUUAGAGCCCACUGAUCAUUCGUUUUCUCUGCAAAUUCCGAGUGUUGAUAUUGUUUUCAACAUUUUGCUGAAAAUUGAUGAAAAGAAAGCCACAGGUCUUCAUAUGAUUCUGAGUAAAUUGUUGAAAAUGGCUGCUAGUAUCGUUGCACCCUCUCUUACCUCGAUAUUCUCGUGAAAGCCUCACGGGGAUAUAUCCAAACGAUUGGAAAACGGCCAAAGUAACUCCACUUUAUAAAAAUGGCAUUAAAUUGGAUCCUUACAAUUAUAGGCCAAUCCCUAUAAUCCCUAUAAUUUCGAAAGUUUUUGGAGGAAUUGUUUACAAUCAACUUUUCCAUUAUAUAGAUGAUAACAAAUUGCUACUACGUUGCCAAUCAGUAUUUCGUUGACUUCUCUGCAUACUACACUCACGGCUUUGCUUGAGGCAACAAAUGCUUGGUCAGUAAACAUCACCAAUGGCCUUCUAAAUGGUGUUAUCUUUAUUGACCUUACUAAGGCAUUCGACACCAUUGAUCAAGAGAUCAUCUUGCGUAAUUAUAGGAUGUCAUACUUGUGUGUCGAUCAGGCAGCUAUAAAGUGGUUCUCGUCGUACUUAAGUGGCCGAACCCAAAGAUGUAAUGUCAGUGGCAAACGAUCAACUGCUCGUAUCCUCAGUUGCGACCUGCUGCAGGGUGGCAAAUUGGGUCCUUUGCUAUUUUUAAUUUACAUUGAUGAUCUUCCCAACUCCCUAAGGGGCUCCGUACCAAGAGUGUUUCCCGACGACACCAAUCUUACGUUAUCUGCUAAGACGUUAACAGAGCUUAAGCUAGCUCUAACCCCUGAAUUAAAUAACCAUAGCUGUUGGCUGAAAGCUAACAAGCUCAGUCUAAAUGUUGCUAAAAAAGAGCUAAUGAUUAUUGGAUCAAGACAAAGACUAUCUGCCCAAUGUAAUGAUGUAGAAAUCAGAAUUGUUGACCAAAUUAUCAAGAGAGUUGAUCAUACCAAAUCCUUGGGUCUUACCAUAGAUGCUCAACUCUCUUGGGGUAAACACGUUGAAGAGAUUUGCAAGAAAGUCUCUUCAGCUAUAGGCGCCCUAAAACGUGUGCGGCCCUUUACGUCCAAAAAAAACUGCAAUUCAAAUUUAUAACGCUUUUUUGAUUACUGCAACCCCGUCUGGGACUGUUUGAGUGGUUACUUCUGAUAAGCUCGAAAAAUUACAGAAUCGUGGAGCCAGAGUAAUUACUAAAUCCCCCUCUGAUACGAGCUCAAACCACCUUCUCUCCACCCUCAACUGGGAGAGGGUUUCUCUUCGACGAAAGAAACAAAAAGCCUUAAUGAUGUAUAAAACCAUGAAUGACCUUGCUCCUAAAUAUCUGCAAGUCUUUUCUUUCAGCAUCACUCUGCUUACAACUUAUUAGUCUCGCUUGCAUAAGCAGCGAGACUCAUAAUCUGCAACGCGUUUUUCGCCCCGGGGGGUAGUCCUUUAUAUAGGCUAUGUAGGUAUGCGCCGCGCCAAAACUUUUUUUUUUUUUUAGCCGUUUUGGUUGAAAAUAGGGUAUCAAUUUCGACCAUUUUGGUCUGAAACAGGGUAUGGUUUGUGCCUUCUAGUCUUGAAUUGGGUAUGUUUUUUAGAAGAAUUAGCUACUUCUUCAUCAUUUGGCGAUAAGACCAUUUCCCUUUUAAUGUUUACGCCAACUACCGUGUACGUGCCGUAACAGCUUGUCAUGCGCUCCGGUCACGCGCCGGGCUCCAGGGCUUCAGGUCUGAAAUAGGGUAUCAAAUUUUUGAUCAGGUCUGAAAUAGGGAAGGGAAAAUCACAGAUUUUGGUCUGAAAUAGGGUAAGGUGAGGGUUUCAGGAAGCGUGCUGCACACCCCACCCAAUUUUUCUGGAAGUACCCCCCCCCGGAAUUUUUGGUCCGUUUUGGGAGUCACAAAACGCAGGGAAGGGAACACUACUGAGUGGUCGAAAAAAAAAAUAAGAAUCUUAAUUAGCAAAAUUGUGAUGAUCGGGUGUUGUAAACGUUCACUGUAUGCAACUGAGUCUUGUGAUGAGCAUGCGAUUUAUUUUCGGUAAGGAUUGAAAUGACUUGCCAUGUAAAUCACUUUUUCGAUAUCUGGCAAUGAUGUAAUUCCUCUGGUGUCGAGGCCCUUGAAAAUUCGUGUAUUUAUACACGCGUAUAGCCCGCUACCGGAGAGGUAUUUUUGGUCGUUGCUAACACGCGUACUAAAUCAAUUCAGCAACAAAUAACAAGUAUCGACGUCGAUAAAAUAGGAAGUAAAAAACCUUUAGCGAGUAAAUCUCGAUAAAUCAGUCUCCCCAAUUAGUAAGGCACUGUGCCUGAGCUAUAAGACAUGAGACUAACUGCUAUAAAGUCAAAAAAUGAUCAUGCUUAUAAAAUCGCUUAUUUGAGAUGUAUUUCCUAACCUGAACUCAAAUUCCAAAAAUGAAGCAUUUUCGUUGAAUAUAAGCCGAGAAAACGAAGGCCAAAGUUGGUAUCUAUCAGCGCUUUUUUGGAAAUAUUUAUAAUCACAGGGCUUCAACUGUUAGUGUAGUAUUGAACUCGGCAAAGCGCGAUACAAACAGAUUUUUCAAGGUUCUCUUACUCUCCUCGCAUCUUUUGAUUUCGCGACAUCCUGUCCGAAAAUCAAAGUUUGGUGCCUGCGCAGUAACGGGAUACUGUUCCUUUAAGUAAUCAGCCUCUAAGUAAUGGAAGAGUGUAAGACCUUUUUUUUUUAUUUUCAGACAUAAACGAGUGUGGGUCUCCUUCGAGAUCAAGACGUAGUUUUUAUUAUAAUUGGUGGAGUGUUACUAUGUCCUCGUCAACACAGUGGCUUACUACCGGUGGGUUAAUCGGGGUGAAACUCUCCUUACAAUAGCUGUAUGUAUUGUAAAAUAAAGUGUGACGCUGAGAUAUUCUCUUCACAUUACUGACUACAAGAGUGCUAUAAAAAGACAGGCACUGCGUCUUAACAUGCAAAUCGCUACCUCAAAAUCACAUAACUGCAGGAAAUUAAAGUCGCGUGAGUCUAGUGAAAAAGCCUGGGAAAACAGCCAACACUUCGCGACGCCACCACUGGUUUCCCCGCGAAACUCCAUACAGAUCACACGUCAUUACCCAGAACUGCGUAGUGCUUCUGAUUGGUCGUGCUGCGUGGGAAAUUUGCUUUAACCAAUCAGAAGCACUACCCAGAUCUGGGUAGUGACGAGUCAUCAGUAUGGAGUUUCUGAGCUCGCUUCUCAGACGUCAUUUCGCGGGGAAACCAGUGGUGGUGUCGUGAAAUGUAGGCUGUUUUCUCAGGCUAGUAAAAAAGGUCUCACUAAAUUUAAUGAUUUCAAUAAUAAGAUCGUAAAACUAAGAAGACAUUAUGCAGAUACAAAGAGUCAGUCAGUGAUUUAAUUUCAUUCCUUUUGCAGAAAUAUCUCCUUCGACAAGUCCUUCCUAUGUACCAUUCACGGCUUCUUUUCCUGGUAAGAAAAAAUGCCCUGAAUUAAAUUUACCUGAUCAAUUAAAUAUACCUGAUCAUGCGUUAUACUAGAAUGUAAAACAGUCCCUAUUUUUGCGUAUUUAAGUACGCGCGAUCAGUCUGAAACAAAUGGUCCCCGUGCUAAACCGAUUUUGAGAAAAAACCCAAUGUUUUGCAGUCUAGCGUACGCGUUAUACGCGGUGCUCAACAGGGAAAAACUGCUAGUUCCGAUGCUAGUUAUCUUGCUUCUUCUCCAGAUAAAGGAGAAUUGAUGCGAUGUAAGAUAUUUUUGAAAGUAAAAUACUUUAACAAUUCAUUGCGGUAUUUCAUAACAACUGAUGCAACAUGAUUUCAGUAACGUUAAAACAUAUUUUUACAUGAAUCCUCCUAAUAGUAUCCUAAAGCCAUUACAUUAAGACUUUUCUGGCUUUUUUUUCCCCAUAGGAUCUUGUUCAAGCCAUAUUUUCAACUAUUACGGUAGCAGCGGCAAUCUUUAUAGUCCCGGCUAUCCUGGCCGUUAUACAAAUAAUCUGAUGUGCACAUGGUUGAUUGAAGCUCCUUUUGGGUACCACGUAUACUUGUCUAUCUCGUGUUUUAGCCUGGAAUAUGGCGGGAGCAACUGUCCUUUUGACUUCUUAGAGAUACGUGACGGCAAUACACUUUCAAGCCCCUUGAUAACGAAGGCCUGUGGCGCUCUGGGAUAUUUGUACAUCUAUAGCAGUGGCAGAUUUCUUCUUCUACGGUUCCGUACGGAUGGAAAUGUUCAAGGGGCUGGCUUCGCAGCUUAUUACAGUACUGUGAGCUAUCGUAAGGGAUACAUUUACUCAUUUGAUUUUUUAAUUCUUCUUAUAGAUCGAUUUUCGUCUGACCUUGAAAUGAAAAACAAAAAAAGCAAACAAACGGAAAUAGAGCGAUUUGAUUGGUUUAUCGAACGGAUACAAAAGCGCGUGGCUUUUGGUUGGUUAACGCUCGGGAGAGAAAAAAUUCAUGCCCGAGAACUUUCUAGAAAUCAAUCGAUACUUAGCUUUGACGUCAUACUGCAACACUAUUGAUUGACCAAUCGAACUAUCCCUUUUCCGAAACAAAGAGUCUAUGUUUUCAUCUUUUCAUCCAUUGGCUGAUAAAACAAAUAACGAGCGCUUAACGAAACCACUGUUCAAUGUCAUACGAAAAUCGCUCUUCUAUUAUCAUGUGGUACGUAUGACAUGAAAAAUGUAAGAUAUAAAUAGAAAGAAGUUUCUAUUGUUGGAUUUCCUUCCUUGAAAAAAUUUUCUUUUUCGCGAAAACUCGUUCUCCCAAUCAGUUCUUUAUCUUUUUUUAGAGUGUUUGCGAGCCAUAUAAUCCGGCCAUGGUGUUUUUCAAUUUUCUUUCUUUGAAGACACGAGACCUAUUGACCACUCCAGAAAAUAGCAUAACAUACCCUAAUGCUCUUUUUUUGUCACCCCAACUGAAUUUUGCAUAAGCAUUGUUUUCAGUUUCUCUUGGGGGCAUUUUAACACCCAAGAGAAACUGAAGACAAUGCUUAUGCAAAAUUUUGGGGUGACAAACAAAGAGCAUUAUGGUAUGUUAUGGAAUUUUCUGGAGUGGUCAAUUCGGCUAACUCAAUGUUGUACCAGCUCCUGGUUGUACCCAAUUCAAAUCUCCCGGGGUUAAGCUUCUUUGUGUAUUGUAUUUGCAUUAUAAUGUGGCAUUCGCAUUUAAAUGAUAUGGAAAUUCCUGAAACAAAACGUUUUAUUCCCAAAGGGUUUGAAUUGGGUGCAACAUUGAGUUAGCCGAAUAGGUCUAUGGUGAAGAGCUGUAGAGUUAAAACGGCGUCCCUCAGAUGAAUAAAGGGCUAAGAAGAAGUUGCAUGUGCUGUUACGACGGUAGGGGAAUGAAGUGAAAUACAAAGAUUUGGUUUUAUCCAACUGACUUGUUGAGGGUGAUUUGCCACCUUCGGCGAUCAAUCUAGUAGAGAACCAAAUCUUUUAAUCAAACACAUUUGGACAUUCUGCUAAAAACAAAGUAUUUUGGGUACUGAUUCAGUGUUACUAAAAAUGCGGCUCUCAAAACAAGACUGUGGCCUAAAGUAUCCGCGAUCUAUUUGAAUUUUUUGGCUCGCCUUCUUUUUAUGUUUUAUUUUUAUUUUCCGCCGUGCGAAUCUUACAGCUAUAUUUGAGGAUGCCUAAGAAAAGUUGCCGAUUAAGCUAACCUUACCUACACUUAUUUGUGAGAGUCUGAUCAUGUUAUUUAAUAUUUAUGCGACAGGGGGCAGUAACUGGAUACCUUCGCAUCAAGUCUCAAGUGCUAGUUUUGUAGCCUGUGUGCCAUCUCAGACUCUAGUAACACGGAUUUCAACCACACUGCGUGUGCGUAAGUAAAUUCCUAAUCAAUAAAUCUUUUAAAUCGUUUUGUUUUUAUGUUACUAGCUCAGAAAUAAUAAAUGUGUUCGUAAUACUGAAAUCACCGCACUGCAAAUUUAUUAUUGGCGUAAAUUUUUUUUUUAAGUUAAAUGCUUCAAAAAGGUUGCGCUCAAUUUCUGCAUGUUUACUUCGCACAGUUUCGCUCGCGUCUUAUCGAAUAGUUGGAAUAAAUGAUGUUACGCAUUUGUUUUAUAUUUUUCUUCGGCAAAUUCUUAUUUUUCUGCAAUAACUCCAACGACAAGUUCUUCUUACAUUCCAUCCACUAUUCCUGAUUUGAUACGCUCUUUCUAGAUAUUUCAGGAUAAUAGAAAAAGUUGAUGCAACCACCCUUGAAGAUAUUUUUGUCAAGUGAGCUUCAAGUGCUUUCCUUCGUCUCCCGUCUGACAGUAGUCUCCUUCGCAGCCGUUAUUAGGGUCGUCACUCGUCACGCAACGCUCCUCCCCACUAAGUUAGUGGGGAGGAGCGUUGCGUGACGAGUGACGACCCUAAUAACGGCUGCGAAGGAGACUAGUCUGACAGCGGUGAAUAAACAGCCUGAUACUCACGCCCGAUAGUUUAGCUGUGAUCUUGACUAAUUCCGUGAGCUAUGGAACUGAGGUCCGGGAUAUAAUAGGUUUCUACCCGUUCGAAAAAUGCCAAGACAAAAUUUUUGCUAGGAAAGAUAUAGAUAUUCUUUUCCAGUUGUGGUGACGGGACACAUCUAUGUUUAUAAAAUAACUACGGAUAGUACGUGCGCUCUGAUUGACCGAGAGGCGUGUUUGCAGCAGCAUAUAUAACUACAGUUGUGACAUCAAGUUGUUCUGCUCAGUGCACGCACUAUUCACGCAGGCGUGCUCAAGAAACCUCGACAAGUUAGUUACUUUAUUUACCCAGUUCCUCGUCGGCUGAAAUGUAAAAAAUCCUUACAAACAUGCUGUGUCAAUUUGGUUUUGCUUAAGCUAACAUUUAAAUCCAGAAUUAUCCGCAUUUUGGAAAGUAUGACCUUUUUUUCCGAACUAAAAACUGAUGGCGCGUACAAAACUUUGUGUACAACACUACGUGACUGGUAGGAAUGUCUCUUUUAAUCAGUUUCUUAGACAAGAAGGGCUGCUUUUUUUCUCGGGAAAGUUAUUUUACCAGAAAAGUUAGCACUGUUAUCUUUAUUGGAGGAGACUAACAAAAUCCCGCAGUUACGAAUUAGAAUUGCCGUUGCUCAGAACGCCCCAAUCAUCUUCAGAACGUUCAUUAAAUUUGCCUCGCUAUGAGUUUGUUACAGUUAGAUACGUCGCUUACUUCCACAAAACACAAAGUAAUGACCAGAAUUAGAAGGCUUGGGCUGAGCAAAUCAACUGACAUCACAUGGCGUCAUCAGCCUUUCUUUGAUCCUUUACUCGUUUCCAAAGGGAAAAAAGGCAACUUUGGACGGUCAAUUCAAUCCACACGCACAUGGGAGGUUAUAGAAGGGAUCAGGGAUUUGACAAUGGUCCUUCCGGUUAUUACCAAUGCGACGAUGCUCAAACAAGAUGCGCACAAGCAAUUAGCCGGGCAAUCGUCCCUAAGGGUAACAGGCAAGGAUAUUGAAGUAUCGUAGGGCAGGCGGCUCAUACGGCGGGCCACAAGCUUUCACUCUAUGAACACUGAGAGCAUGGCGGACGCGUACGGUGGUAACUACGGUAAAACUAGACUGUUGAUCUAAAAGAUGUCAUAAAUUCACUGCUAAUUUUGCGCUAGAUUUAGGAUCAUAAUAUUAAUUGUCACAAUUUCUGUUGGCAUAAUUUUUUAAUUAUUAUGAUUUUAAAUCUCAAAUCUUCAAGAAUGAAACAUUAGCGCGCUGCUAGUUGAGAGACAAUAUAAACCGCGAGUACUGACCACGUUAUCUAAAACAAAUUCCACAGCUUCAACAAGAAGAAUCAGCCCUGGUUACACAGCUUCAUCUACUGCGUCACCAAGUCUAUCGCCAUCAGUGAGUGCCAGUGCAUCUGUUUCAACAAGCACUUCACCGUCAGUCAGUGCAAGCGUGCCAGUUUCACCAGGUGGGUCUGGAGUGUUGAACACCUCACCUUCCGUGAGCUCGUUUAAUUGAGCGAGUUUGAUACUUGAUGCCAUUUGCAUAAGUGUUUAAAUUGGAGAUGAGGUCAUGUAGUUCAGGGUGGGAGGGGAGUGAAGAGCAUAAGGAUUCUAUCCUUUUAGAUUCUACCUAAGGUUUUUCUCAUAUUUUCAAACGAUUUUGAGACAAAACCUCCUAUUCUUAGUACCCGUCAUUUUAAUGCUAGACGUAUUUUAUGAUCAUGUAAAGUUGAUAUAUCUGAACUGUAGGAGAAGCAGUCUAGAGAGAAAAAAAAAUCUAAUGAGAGAUGGGCAAAGAUACACGGAAUAUGGAAAUUUCGAAAAGGGCAAACACAAAUGAAUAACUUAAUGAGCGAGGAGGUGCGAAAAUCUAUUUAGUUCAGUGCAGCUUACCUCAAGCUCAAGUGUUCUACAUCUCUUCGAGAAAUAAAUUCAUCCUUGUUCUACAUCUCUUCGAGAAAUAAAUUCAUCCUUGUAAAAACAACAAAUCUCUCGCUUUCUCCUUUUACGCCCAGCUGUACUCCAAUUUCUAGCGCCACAAUUAUUCCGAUCUCCCCCUGAUCCAGCCUGACAACGAAAACAACUACGCCGGGCCAAAGUUUCCACAUGGCGACUCGGCAUGUCGAGAACAGCAGCAAACCAUGUUGAAGAGCAUUUUGACGAUCUCUCCGAUGAUAGAAUACCCUUAAAUUUGAAAUAAAUAUUCAAUAAAGAAAAAAUGCAGAUUUUUGACGAAGAAAUUGACGAGAUUUUUUCGGGUAAAAGACAAAUUUCCUAACAUCUCAAGUGUCACAUCUAAGAUGUCAUAAAUUCGUUGACAAAUUUCACGCCAAGGCUCAUGAUAUUCACGCUAUUUAAAAAAAAUUCCACAGCCUCAACAAGAACAAUCAGUCCAAGUUACACAGCUUCAUCUCGUGCGUCGCCAAGUUUAUCGCCAUCAGUGAGUGCCAGUGCAUCCGUCUCUCCAAGCACUUCACCGUCGGUCAGGGCAAGCUUGUCAGUUUUAUCAGGUGAGUCUGAGGAGUUAGACACCUCGCGUUCUGUGAAAGCUUCUCGACAGUUAUGCAAACCCUCGACUUCGUCUCGGGUUUGCAUAACUGUCUCGAAUUCUCCCAACCCCUCUCGUGUUUAUAUCAGGCUAUGCAAACACGGAAAACGUCUUGUUUUCUAUUGCUUAAUUAUAACUAGGGGUAAUCAUAUAUUAAAGAGUGCGUUCGAUAUGCGAAGUGAGUUAUUCCCGGGCAGACCAUAGAUUUUUACAGGCUUCUAUGAGUUAGUGUCCAGGGAGAAAGAAAAGGUGAUGAUGAUGGCAAUAAUUAACAUAUUGUUAAAAAGCAAUUUUAUUGUAAAAAGGAUGAUGUAGAACAAUAUGUAUUGCAUAAUUAUAUUGCGCAUCAGUUAACAACAGAAUGAAGUUCGUUGUUAGUUGACCCAAGUGUUAGUUUCUUCAGCUGCAGGAUUUAGAUUUAUUGGCAAUAAUCGGAUAAUUUCAUUUGUAAUAAUAAACUAUAAGAAGAUUUUUAGUCAUGCAGCAACGAAAAAAAAAACGCGACAGAAAAGCGUGCAUCGUGCAUAUUCAGAGUAAUGUUUUGCUCGUUCAAAACUUGCUUGAAUUUGUUUGACUUUGCUUAAGCUCUCUACUGAAAUCAAUCGGAAGGAUAUAAGCUUCCUUUUUAGCUUUCUAAAUCAUUACUUAAAAAAAAUAAUUAAAAGUGCAGUGCUACCGGGAAGCUUCGAGCAAUAAUUAUUUAACUUGAACAGUGCAUGCGGUUUUUAUGUGACUCAAAGUUGAAAGAUCCACACUACAAUUCAUGAAACUUAAUUUGUUAAAAUAACUAAACGAAAGUCGAAAGUCGAGGGAACAUUUCUUGUACGCCGUGUAUACCAAAAAUUUGCUCAAUUAACGCACGUAAUCGCAUAUGCCUGAAUUCGAAAUAUAUCCAAGUAAUUUAAGGCGCCAUAAAAAAACAAACAAACAAACCAAAAGUAACAGAACAAAAUUCACCUAUGUUCGCGUUAAAACUUGAUUUUCUCGCCUUCGUUAGCACCAAGAAAACCCUUUGUCUUAAAAGGCAAACAGAUCAAGAAACAUUCUGAAAGUUUCCAUUGUGUGUUACAAGUCACGUGGACCAACAGUCAUCUCAUGUGUUUUGUAUCGUUCGCAUCCAGGACAGCUACGUUCUUUCAAGAGGCCAGGCUAUUUGGAAGUCCGUCGCGAAAAAUCUCGAUUUUUUCUGGCUACUAAUUUAGGAUGGCGUUCUGCGAACGCAAUUACUUUUAAUAAGUAAAAGCUUGUUUUGAUUUUACUGCUUUAACCACCUUUCUAAGCACAUAUCAAUACAAUGGAUUCUGAAAUCUUCGUGCGCUCUGCUUGGAGUAUUAUAGACCAAUAACAACUUAAGUCUUUGCAAAAAUUUUUGCCUCAAAAUUAAGUAAUGAUCCAGGUAAGAAGGGAAGCAAUUUCUUUUGUUGUAGUGCAAUACGCUUUCCUCACAUAGAAAUGUUUUCAUUUUUACGCAGAGAAUGCAUAAACCUACAAAAAGGCAGUUUACGACAGAAAAUGUAUUUAAACUCCACUUUUAAAGGGUGUAUUUUUGUGUUAAAACAUUUCGACCAAUCACAAGAGUUGCAAACAAUGGCCAAGAAAUGUUCACAAUUUUACAUGAUCCGCACAUACGAUUUCUGUGUUACUUAGACUCGGACGAGAAUUUGUUAUAAGGAAGUGGGAUAGGAAAAAAGGGAUUAAUAUACAUGCUGUUUUGCGAAGAUUUCGUAAAAUUUGAUGUUUAAACCAAUCAGAACCAUAGUAGAGACAAUAGUAAAGUUAGCACCUUUUUGCAUUCCGACGUGUUCACUGCGUUUUGGUCCUUUCCUUCUUAUCUGAACCAUUACUUAAAAUAGCCUCACCUGAGAUAUGUCAAAUUUUAAAUUCUUGCCACUACACAUUCCUGCCAUUCCUGCCUGCAAGAAAUCUGCCAUCCGACUUGUAAGUGUUCUAACUUACUCUUCCAAGUCAGGUAGGGCGGAUCAUGUUCAUUGUUGUUUCAAGAGCGAGGUCUACCUCUUCUUCAGAGUCACUGACACUGUCACUCGCACUAAAGCUGUCUACCUGUUCGUUUUUAGGAGACUCUGGCAUCCUCAUUUGAAUUAGGUGGCUCAUCACUUACGCUUGGAAUUCUUUGAAGCAUGAAGCUUCUAAUGUAAAGGAGGGUUGCAAAAUAAAUGAAUCUCUAUCCCUUUGCGAUAAAACAGUACAUUACAAAUGAGCAAAAUACUCACUCGAUUUUCUCUCGAUAACGUUUUACAACAGAUUCACUUUAUUUGAAUAAGGAACUUCGGUCAGCACCUUUAUCACUUACCACCAUUUUUUGUCGCUUCACUGUAGGCUCAAAAUACUCACUGAUUAUUUUCUCCGUUUGUUCACUGGUCUUUGUUGGAUUACAAUUAUGAACUCGAUGGAAGUACUUUACAUGAACUUCGGCAGUUCUCUUACAUUGUCAAGUUUGGGAGAUUUUUCCACACGUAAUACAUUCAAUUCUUCCGACAGCCGAGUGUCUUUUGUCUGUAACAGAACAGCAAUUCUCAUUAGUAGCCUUAGAUGUGUUUUUGGCAAAUUUCCUUUUUUGUCACUCUCAGAUUCAUUAGUAUUAUUUUUCGCACUUUCCUGUGGCGGUUGAAUUUGCGAUGAAGUAGACGGCUGUGGGUCGUCUGUUUUUGGCACAGACGGCGAGUUCUGUCGUAAAACGAAUUGACUAGAAAAAGGUGCAUGGACAAUUUUCUCACGUUUCUUAACUCCAGGAAAUAAGUAAUGCCUCGACUAGUCAUGAUUCCAAAAUAUUUAUCCCAUUCCCAUUUCUGACAUUUUAUUCCCAUUCCCAGUGACCGAAUCCCAGUCCCAGUUACUCCCAGGGCAAAAACCGGCCAAUCCCAAUUCCCAUUUUACCCCUUCAGGACCCUCUUUUAGUCAAACAUACAUGCAGUACCCGUGAUCUAAAGUCACCGUUUGAGUUAAUGCUUGAGAGACAUUUCCCUCACACAAACCUGUUAUCUUACCAUUCACAAGUAAUUUGACGAGUUCCAUAGAUCUUCUCGACAAGAUAAGAUAUUUUAUGGGUGGUUUUUCGUAACUUUGUUUUCAGAAAUAUCUCCAACAAAAAGUUCUUCUUUUAUGCCAUUUACUAUAUCGAGUUCUGGUAAGUAGAAAACAAUCUUGUUUGCCUUACAGUUAAAUUCAAGAAGGCUUGCGCUUUCAAGUCUACUGGGCUUGAGUGAGGUUUGUUUUCCAGAUGUACGCCACGUGAGUUUCUUCAUCGAGGUUCCCCUGCGUAUCACGUCUUAAUAAAACAAAGUAGAAUUCUUGAGAGUUUCUCUCAGUUUGGAUUCUGCAGCUGAUUCUGGAUUCUGGAUUCCAUACCGUGGAUUCCUCCAGACAAUGGAACUUGGAUUCUGGAUUCCAAUCGUUAGUGGGAUCCGGAUUCCUUGAGCUGUAUUCCGUUUUCCAAAGCACAGGAUUCUGGAUUCCACAAGCAAAUGUUUCUCGGGUUCCGGAAUCCGCCUUACAUGGGGCGAUGUACUGGGCUUGAGUGUGGUUUGUUUUCCUCAUGUAGGCGACGUGAGGAACUUCUUCAUCGAGGUCUACCCUAAUUAUGCGUGCCACUUAUAACAAACAAAAUUUGAAAGAUACCGUUGUCUUGAGUAACAGAUCAGAAAGUAUUAACAAACCUUCAGUUUUAUGUUAUUGGCAUCACGCAGGGGGGAGACGGAGGGUGAAGAUUAGGCUAACUCUCACUUCUCCUCCGCAUGAAGACCCAAAUGGUCUGAAAAAGAGUUAAAAUAGCUUGACCUAAUAAUACUAAUUAAAAGGUACUUCAAUGCCUAAUGUCAUGACUAAGAAAACAAACAAACAGCUACUGAAGAAAGGUGGCUUUUUCUAAGCAAGAGAGGAUACAUUUAUGAAAAUUUAUUGUGGCACCUCAAUUGCAUUUAAAAUUCAGUUUUAAAAACGGAGGUGGAAGAUUCCGCCAAUAAUUUCUUGCUGAACGUGUAAAGAAAAGAAGUGUUUCUUAAUGGUGAAAUGAUUCAAAAACACAGAUUGGGCGAGAGAAACACCAAGCUCGGACAAUAAUAUUCUUUAUAUAAUUCUUUCCUCUUUAGUCUUGUGUUUAUUCAUUCCAAUUUCUCCUAGAAUGCUACAGUUACGGUUACCUGAAUGACUCGGUACGAGGACAAGGCUUCUACAACGGAUACUAUGGCUAUUAUCAAUGCGACAGUGGCCUUCCAUUUGGCUGGUAUCGAUUUAGUGGGGCAGCAGGAUCUCAACUGGCCACUAGUUGUGUUGGUAAAAAUCGCUGUAGUUCGCACGCGCCGGGAUGGUUAAGUACCCCGCAUCCUUCAAAGGAUGAUGGGAUAGUCAGUGGUACAGUGUGCUUCCACUGGGCUAGUAGCUGUUGUCACUGGUCGACGAAUAUACGUGUUCGUAACUGUAGCGGAUUUUAUGUGUAUGAGCUUGGACCAGUCCCGAGUUGCUGGUUACGUUACUGUGGAAAUGGGGGAGGUAUGUGGCAUCUCUGACGUUAUUCAAUACUAUCAUUUAGUCACAGUACACCGUAAACUUCCCCAAGAGCCCCACUUAUACCCCUCCCCCCUUCCCCCAUUUAUAGGCCCAUCCGGUAAACAAAAACAUACAUCCAGGUGCAAGCCCCCCUCUAGCUUGUAUUGAAAUGAAUUCGACUUUUUGUGACGUUUUGAAGCUUAAAAAGGCGAUCGAAAUUCAAAAAAUCAGCUCUGCUAUGUAGCUUGGUUUGAACACUUUUUUAGCCGGGUUAUAGAUCUCUAGAAAUGCAUUCUAAGCAGCGCUAUAAAAUUUGUAUACCUUUUCGGUCAUCCUAAGGGAACUUGAGUCCUUUCGAAAUUACAAGGGCUUCAGUAUAUUAUUUUCCCAAAAAUUUUAGAUGCAAUUUGACGUGUUACGAAAGUGAGCAUUUCUCUGAUUCCUUUCUCCGUCACAUUUUUGAAUCCGAAAAUUUUAGGUUUCCCUUUUUGUACGAAAAAUAGCCUAACCUGGGCAGUGAAAUGUGAAAAAUUAAACUUCAGAAAAUCGUAUUGAAUUUGUUAGAAAAGCUUCGAGAAUUGCACAUGAAUAGAACGGUCACCUAGAAAUUUUUUGCCGUUCUCAAGAAAUAGAAAAUUCUAGGCAAUAUUUUCUUCUUCGAACAGAUAUUUCACAAAAAACAGUCGUUGGGUGCUCUUGCCUCCCGUAUCCAAUUAAAGCAAAGAGAUGCGUAUGAGAGCACUGAAAAACAGGGUGCUUCUUGGUUUUGCAGAAACCAUUGUUGGUUAGACAUCAUGGUGUUGUAGUGUGGGUGUUGUAGUUUUGGAUGGCUGUGAUCACUGCACUGAACCUAAAAGUUGUGACGAUACUGAGGAGAUAAUCAUCUUUGGAUGCAAGAAAGCUUAUACACUUUACGAGGGCAGUGUUUUACUUUUUUCCCUUUUACAGGUAAUAACACAAAUUCAAGCUCGAUUGGAUAUAUCGCCACACAAGGUAUGGUGUGUCCUUUUGUUAUAAACAAAUUUCGAUCAUCGUAUGGUCUCGCUACGAGGAAUUAUGCCAGCCUUAUCUCACCUUUUGAUUAGUGUCUGACUCGUUGGGUUAGACACAUUAUGGUUGCGCACUAUGGUUUUGAGCAGGGUCAACCUGAAAUUCACAGUUUGCGAAUAAAGCCGUCUCCCCUCACUCCUCGCCACGUCUGGUGCAGAUGUCUUUCCUGCGAAAUGUCCCUAGCCUCGAGGAGCGAGGAGGGACGGCUAUAUUCGCAGGCUAUGAAAAUCCGCAUGGCAAUUUAUACCGUGCACAGUUACGCUGGUGUCAGUGCAUUACGCAUAUGUUGAUGUUGGACAAAUUAACCCCUUUUAAAAAUUUUCCUGCCCCUGCUCAAUCAAAUUAUCUCCAUUGGUUAACGACGUCUUGAUAUUUCUAUUAAUACUAUACAAGCAUGAACAAAAACAACUUGAAGUUCUAAAACAGCUCUAAAUGUAUUAGGAACCUGACAUUAUGAAGUAUUCUCAAAUGAAACAAUGCGAAAUUAUGCAGUGACAUAUUUUCUCUGGUACUGCGUUGUUUACAUGAGUUGUGUUAAUCAAUAAAACCUGAUAAAACAUCUCAGUUAAAAUGCAAGUGUUUGGUCUCAGAUGAACAACAUGUUUGAUCUCAGAUAAAAAUCUGGUGGUAUUUUAUCUGAUGUUUCGUUAGGUGUCAAGAUUCAUCCAUCUGAACCAAAUGGUCGUCAUUUAUUGGCUUUUGACUUCUUGAAUAAUAAAUCAGUUUGAGAAGACAUGUUACAUGUAAAAACUAGCAGUAAUGUAGGAGCUGCCAAAACUCGGGCUUCGUGCCUCAUCACGGGUUCCAAACACCUGACACAGAUGAAAGCACGAGGCCGUAGGCCCAGUGCUUUCACCUGUAUCUCAGUGUUUGGGACCCGUGAUGAAGCACUCGCCCUGGUUUUUGAUGUAUUCCAUCAGGCCUCUAAAGCAGGAACCAAUGAAAGAAAGCAGUUGAAAACCAAAUUGGAGACAUUUUUAGUAUAAACUGUUCAUUGGCAUCAAUGAAACAAAUUUUGCAGCAUUUUGCUACAAAAAAAAAUGCCCUUUUGCCGGCACAAAACUUGAUGCUCAAAACAUUAAAAAAUAAAUGCCCAAAAUGAUGUUGGCAUGAUUGUGUCUAAUCCUACUCACUCCUGACCCCAGUCUUCUUUCAUCAGUUGUAAGCGGGCACGGGACGGUCUCGGUCUCGGUCUCGGUCUCGGUCGGCUUUGGUAGCAGACUAGGAACGGUCGAGAGAGACCGCGAUUACGGCAUCUCAGCAAACCAUAUUCUACGCGCUUUCCUCGUUCAGUUAAGAGACAAAAAAAGCGAAUGGGGACAAGCAUCCAGUGGAUUUAAAGUGAAGACUAGAUACGUAGUUAAUAGACCACUCUGUGGAUUUUAUUUUAAUGAAAAAAUAAUUCUCUUUUAGAAGAUCAUAAAAAAGGCUUACUUUAAGAUGUUGAUCUGAGCAACUUAAACAAAAGUUUUUAUGUUAUUGUUUUCAUUUGCAGCAACGACUAAAACAGAGUCGGUAUCUACUAGUUCGCUUUAUGUUUAUGGUAAGACUGGCUUGAUUUACUGCAAUCAAACUACGUACUUUUUCCAUUGCCAUGAUGAAUAAUGUAUAUGUAGAACUCUGUCAUGUGCCAUGCCUCAGUUUAACUUGAUAAUUAGCUUAAUGUUUAGACGAGGCAAAUGAUCUUUGUUCGGAAAUGAUCCUGCUUUGGUUUCAUACAUAAAAAUAGGCCUUAAUCCUUCAACUAGUUUUUUUUGUAUUCGAUUAGUUUCAGAUCCGUUGGAAGUCGAGUAGUAGGACGGGAAAGAUACGGAUAGGAAAUGUUCAUACCCUUUGCUAUUCUUUGUCAACAUUCCCCACUUUUUUCAAAGAUCGAAUAUUUUCAUACGGAAAUUAACAUUGUCCAAUUCGUUUUUAUGCAGCUGGCCAAAUUGCUCCAUCUUCAUCGUCUGAGCAUUAUGCACCAUCAAGUUCGUAUGCGCUGCCACCUCCUUUGGACUUCCAGUUUCAUGUGCCAGCGGACUGUGAUCAAAUCUGCACCAACACUCAAGGCAGCUAUAGCUGUUCUUGUGUCAGUGGUUAUCGACUGUCUUCUGAUGGAAAAUUCUGUUUAGGUGAGGUCCCACGUUAAAAAUGGAAGUGCUUAAAUCAUCUGAGAUACUUCAAAGAACCAAGUAGAGGUGUGGGUGAGAUUAGUGGCGCACUCUGCAUACAUAAUUGACCAGUGACGCGGGGAAUAGGUAACUCCUUUAAAUUCCAGCGUGUUUGGCCUGCGCGCUGGUGGCAUUAUGCAUUGCGGCCCUUGCUUAGAAUUGCUUAGUUUUUGCCCACCUCUUGGCCAGUUCAACGGAGUUCAGUGGAAGUAACUUAGAAGUUUCGCCCACCUCCUUUGGUGGCGGUUACGUCGUAUACCCUCAUUUUUCGCCUAUUUUCCUGGCAGUCGCGGUUUCCUCUAGUUUCCGAUGUCGGGACGUUGGGUGUGCAGUGCGACUAUUAUGCAGCUAGGUAAUAUUUAUACAACGAAUUGAGUCCUAGACUCGCUGUGAUUGAUUGGUUUCGGGGAAUUGGUCGUUGCCUAUGAUCUCUUUAACAAUUAGACUACCAGAUCGAGUUUUCUAUGACUCAAUAGUCAACGAGGCACGAAUUACGAGUAGAACGAGUGGUCUAUUUGUCUUAGCAGAAACUAAUUAACUGUCACACUACUUGAUACCAGGUUUUGUGAAAAUAUUUUAUACAAACCUUUGUUUACACAACUUGAAUUCACAAAAUAGUUUUCCACGAAUAAAAGACUAGGUUUGUACUUCUUGUACAUUAUGGCUGGUACUUAAAUUUAACUGUCAGCUUGAAGCAUUUAUGGCUUUUUUGGUUGAGAUUCGGUUUGACAUUAAACGUACUCUUCAUAGAUAUUGACGAAUGUUCUACGAACAAUGGUGGCUGUAGCCAUCAUUGCUACAAUAUUCCUGGAUCGUUUUAUUGUGGAUGCCCUCAAGGUACAACAAUGGCCAGCAAUAAUUUGACUUGUGUUGGUAAGUUUGGUCGCGUUUCAUAACAAGCAAAAUUAAUAGGCCAUUUGCAAGAUGACGUCAUUUUACUACUACGACCAGAAUCCUUCAGGAUUUGCUUUCUUGUGUAUAUUAUCGCUUUUGUUAAUUAAACCUCACUGGAAUUACCAAAUUUGAAUAUGAAAGGAAAAACGUAAUGGAUUUUGUUCGUAUAUAGUAGUAAAAUUGACGCCGUCUUCAGGCCAAAUUUUUAAUUAAAAAAAGUGCAAACUAGCGUAUUCUGCUAAGAUAUUUUCUGCAACGAGAUUUAUCUUGAUGCCUUGCUUAUUUUAGAACCCGGCGUUUCAGUUGCAUGUGACGAGAACAACAUGGCCAUUUCUUUGGAGAAGCAAACAUUUCCAUUUUUGAACGUCAGCAGUUUACAUCUACGUUAUGUUUCAUGCAGGUAGUGUAUAAUUUUAGUACUGAAUACAAGAGCUCAUGAAUCGGUUUCUAAAAGGCUGAUUAGCGCUAAUCCGGGAUUAAAAUUUUUGUUCUGUAUUUUACCUUGCUAUGUAUUGCUUAGAAUAACAUUUUGUGUUAUCAUUACUCAGUACCUUGGAUCCGGAGUAAAGGCUAAUCAAUAUUUUGUAAGGUCGAGUGGCAUGUUCUUAGACAAAAAACAUGGCUUGAAAUUUGGCUUAAUCCUGGGUUAAACUUAACCAUCUUUUAAGGAACUGGGCCCAGCACUGAAAGUACCGCCACCAGCACAGUUCAGUUGGGCGAGCGCCUGUCUGCCGGGCCGCAGGUCGUGGGUUCCUCUGACCAACUACGAGAGUCUUUUAGAACACUGGUGGUAAGAUCACGCUACCUGUGAAUAUAGCAGAUCUUGUCUCUGUUCAGAUGUUCGCGUCAUAAGAUGUGACGGUUAGCCUUAGCCUGAGUAUCAGGCCUUCCUAAGGGGCUAGGGGAGAGAGGAGAUUUGAGAUGGGGGAAGGGGGAGGGGGAGAAGAGAAAGGAAGGCCUGACACAAAACCAUUCAGCAAAUCGUGUGACACAUCCAAAAUCUGGAUGUGGCAGUGAUUGGAUAACAUACAAUACCCCCUGACGUCACCGGACCACAAGAGCGAUCGGCAAGAAGCCAUUGACAUUUUUCAUAGAUGCUUUGAUUUCAUGUUACCGGUAUGUGAUACUUUUAUGGACAGAGACGCAGAGAGGAAUUCAAAAAGGCUCUAGAGGGCGCUCUCAAGUUCUUUCCUGGAAUAAAAAUAAAAGCCGAGCAAGAAUUGUGUUUUCAAGGCCUUGUAGUUUAAAGGAAAGAUGUACUCGGAGUAUGGAAAAGCCUCAUAUACCAGCUUCUACCGAAACUAUGUCCGAGUAUUGGUUUCACAAGACCGGGACAAAGACGACGAUAUCAGCGUUUCAGAUAUCUAAGUUCUGAUUUACAACAUCCUGCCGUUAAAAGGGUAUUGUUACUGUAAAUGGAAAUAUAGCGAGGUAGCCAAGCAUUGAGAUAGCCGACAGCACCGUACUAUGGCCGUACCAUUGCUUUUAAAAAGCUUGACUUUGCUUGUGGCGGUUACGAUAGCGUACGUGAUUGGAAUUCGUUCGCUUCCUCUUCCAAAAUUUUCUUACUUUUGAAAUGUCUUAAACUCAACCGGGCGCCAUCAUAUUUCGCCAACGGGAUUGACCUUUGCUAAGGCUCUCACUUUUUUUUAACUUGUAAGAGCUUUCACGGACUCUCUGUGAAGUGGUGGAAUUUGCUGCUGCUUGAUAAUUUCUAGGCAAAGGUGUUUCACCAUCGCACCUUCCUAUUUAUUCUUGCAGCUCCUUUCAACCACCCGAGGAUACGAGGGAUAACAUAAGCUUUUUAGCUGCCAGACAAGCGCCUGAUGUAACUCUGUAAACAAAAGCAAUUUACAAUUUUCCGGGGCACGUUUAUUUACAAGCAGAGCGUUGGCGAUCUUAUACUAGCACAAUUUUUAAAACAUGUUAUAAUUGCUGUAAUGUUUUAAAUUACAAGUGUUCGAAAACUCCUCAUUGGAGGUUUAAAAAAAAAACGAAAUCGUAGCAACACAAACACCGGACCUCGGCCAAACUGUAAAGUGAGAUUUAUUUUAGGCGAGCUUUUUGACACGUGAAGCUGACAACCCAAUGACCGGAAGUGAUUUUGAUUGGAUGGUAUCGAAUCAUGCUGUGUGGGGGGUGGAAGGCUCCAGUAAAAGCAUCUGUGUCAGGCGUUUCUCUCCUUCAGAUCUCUCCUUUUGUCGCUUCCAUCUUUCCCCUUUUCCCCAGAAACGCCUGAUACUCAGGCUAGGUUAGCCUUGUCUCCUUCAUCCUUCUUUCAUUGGUCAAAUCAUAUUAAGGGGUCAUAAAUGACCCACACUAGUCUCUUGUUAGAAAGAAUAGAGAAGUUUUCCUGGUGGUAUGGUCAAGGUGUGGCCAACCUUCAUAUCAUGGGCUGGGUGGGUUACAGUAGGGAGCUUGAGCUACUACGAUGGCUACGGCUACGAAAACGUCACUUAAAAAGUGAAUUCGCGCUUAUUCCAUCUCGUUUAGUUCGUCGACCGGAAGCAAGCCCCUUUCUCUUUUAAUUUGCCAUGAUGCUUCCAACUUUGUAUUGGUAAGCGUUUACAGUUUCAUAAAAACGAUUCGACCGGAACUCUGGGCAAAAUCACAGCCCAAAAAUGAAAACAAUCCACUUCCAGUUGACGUGCGUCGCUCAAAAACGUCUUUGUUUGAGCUCACUAAUAUGAUAUGCUGACGUCCGAGCUUACUGUUAACAUACCGUAAAUCCCCUAUUAAGCUCCCUCUCUCUAAUACGCCCCCCUACCGUCCCCCUAUUAUUAUUCACUAAUAAAUGAUAGGCUGUUUUAAUCAAUCAAAACUGUAAAACUUCAUUGGGACUGAUCCAAUAUGGUUUAUUCACCAUCUGGAAGUUAGGAUUUGUUUUUGAUCCUCGGCUGCGUGACCUACAGCUGCACAACUUCUUGUACUUGAGCUUUUCCACUUUGUAUUCUAGUUCGUUAUGGAGAACUGAUACUAAAUUAAAUACGCACCCCAUCUCCAUUAAGUCCUCCACCCUCCUCAAAUGUGUUUGAAAUUAAUAAGCCCCCUGGGGGCUUAAUUGAGGAUUUACGGUAAGUACGAUGAGUAUGAUCGUCCGGGUGAACGUAGUCCUGAAUAGGACUGUUGGUGACAGUGACUGACGUUUCGACAACCUACGCGGUGAUCAUAUUCAGAGUUAAAGUAAGUUCUAUCAGAUUAGUUGAUGGGAUCAAACUCUGGUUAUUGACCUGAUUGGUGAAUUAAGCCGCGGUGACACUGGUCAUCUGUCUGUUAUGCCGUGAUGUUAUUGGCUAUGAAGACUCCUAAUGUCAUUGGUGCGUUUCGAUCCUUCUAUUGUCACAGUUUAAUUGUUACGUAGUCAUAUCGUCGGUUGUCCAGUCAUUCUCUUGUUUUCUUUUAGCUAGUUUUGCUUGAGUCUGUCAUGAACCGUUUUUACGGUGCAGGUAACAGUUGACUAGGAUUCAGUGGCCUUUGUUCUAAGUUAGUAAACCAGUGAAUCGUUGAGAGUAUUUCGUGGAAUACGUAAUCAUGACAUGUCGCAGAGUCCCUGUCGAUUUGAUGUCUGGUCUGUAAAUGGUGUUGAGCAAUGUGAUUGUUGACGUCAUCAUUUCUUGUCGCUCGUUAGGCUAGCUAACAAGUCAGUUUUCAAUCCGUUCUUAUCUUCUUCAAGUUUUUCCAUCCGUGCCUGCUUUUUGUAUUUGCGCUGUUAUUAAUACCCAACCAUUACACAAAUAAAUAAUACAAUAAAGCUUUAUCCCAAUUCUAUGUUUACAUUUUAUUUAUUUUGUUUCUACUUCUUGUCUUUAGAGCUACAGAGAAUUCUACACACGUCUUACUCAGCAGCCCUUUAAAUUCCUGCGGAACACUGGUGAAUGAAACAAAAGAUGCAUUAAUCUUCUGGAAUGAAGUCCGAGCAGAUUCAGUUAUUAUCGCCAAUGUCAUCAGUCGGACACACGAUGUCAAAUUUAAAUUUUACUGCAGCUAUUCCAGAAAGAAGAUGCUAAGCAUUCAAUUUCAACCCAAGCAUAUUUUCAUUGGAUCAGAAGGUUCUCUGAUUAUGCUUUAAUCAUUUUUUUUUUCGCCAAUAAGAAAUAUUGAUAUUGAAAUUUUAGACACACUUUUUUGCCCUCCAUUUCAGUUAAAGGACAAUUUUAGGCCUUCACGUACAAGUCAUUAAGCUUACUUAAUGCUCACACGUCACAUGAUGUACAAAAUCAAUGCUUUCAUGAAUCUGUUCACGAUAAAUGGUGUUUACGCAAAGGCGUUUGGCAAACUGAAGUUGGCUUAGAACGCGGUUUUGUUAAGCACUGCCUAAACUCGGUUUAAACAACUGGCCCUCUGUGUUUAAAGUAAAGUUCGGUAGAUGAUUCACAGUGCAUGCACCACGGGUCGGUUGAUCAGUCUUUUAGUCAGCUCAAUUCCCUGUAAAAGGAUAAUUUAAUUCUAUUCCGGCAACGUCAUAAGUCUACCCUGAAGUCAUCAGAUCAUUGAACUUACCUGAGACAAAACCCAUGUCUUUCCUUUCACAAAGAUGAAAAUAUUCGACCGGGCCUUUAAACAAGAGAAUAGGGCCACGUUGACCAUGCCCAGAAAACUGUAAAUGUCUAAAGGAUUUUUGACGGAGUUUCUACUUCCAAACCAAAAAGAACGCUAAUCUUAAUUAUAUUUUGCUUCCUUCUUAGCUGGAUAUGGGAAUUUCACUUUCAAAAUGGACUUUUACAAGACUGCAGCAUUUGCCACUCCCUAUACGGAGAACGAAUACCCAAUAUCAGUCGCGUUAAAUGAGUAUCUUUACGUAAAGUACAGUGUGGAGUCCAGCGCCAACCUGGUGAUCAUGGCCGAAAACUGCAAAGCCACAAAAUAUGGAAGUUUCUAUUCCUGGCCUUAUUAUAACAUUAUACAGAAUGGGUGAGUAUAAUUUAUAUUCAGGAUCUAGGCUAAAAGUCUUCCCUCAUUUUCCUCAGGGAAAGUUGAGAGGGCGAGGUAGGUGUGAAAAUUGCCUCGCGCGGAAGAAGCGAGACGCUUGUCACUGGUUGGGGAUUCUCACGAGCGCUCGCCUAUUUUGCUUAACCUUAACUGCCGCUGAAGAAAACAAAGGAAUACCCGUAGUUUAUUCCUGAAUAAGAAGAAAGGAAAACGUCUGUUCGAAUGAGUUUAUAUUUCCAUAAUUUUAUAAUCUCCAUUCACCUUGACUCUUGGGCAAGAUUUACAUCGUUUUCCCCAGGUCUUGCUGUUUUUCCACUAUUGCCUGUAUUGCGGGCUCGAUUCCCUGAACUGCCCCUGGCCUGGUAAUCGAGCUUAUACUUGAUCAUCCUUUGAAGGGCUUAUGAAGUUGAAUAUCGUAUCAUCAUAAACAACUGCUAGCUCUUAUUUACGAAAAUUGAGCUUCAGCGAAGCACUAGACUAGCCUUUGCGACGGAAUCAAUUUUCAUCUACAAGUAGAGCUUAAUCUUGAUGGGAUAAUUUUGAGCAGAGGAACGCCCAGAAACAUCCAUAGUAUAAAACUAAACUCGUUUCUGUUUUUAAACAUUACACACUAGUUGCGAGCGAGAUACAACUAUGGAGUACACGUUUAAUCCAUCAGGGAGUUCUCAGCAGUUUAAAAUUAGAACGUUCAGGUUCUUCAACGACUAUAACGUUGUUUACUUCCACUGCGAGUUGUUGGCUUGUUACAGAUACGCUUCUAAUUCCAGGUAUGUCUAUAGUAAACCCUCCCUGUUACACCGAGGGAGCAAUACGUAAUCUGCGUACACCGAACUGAAUGAUAUUCUUAUUCCAUUCUUGCUUUUUAUUGCAAUGCAAUAAAAUUGCAAUGUCAAAUGAAAUGUUCUUGCUGUAUUUUGCAUAUCUUAAAGCUCAUAAGCAUGGUACACAGGUAACUACAUUUGCAAGACCCUUAAUACCUACAAGUAAAAUGUUAAUCGAAAUAACAUAUUAGGUUGAAAAGACUGGGGAUCUCCACUCUUUAUCAUAGUUUCACGACGGUUGCUUCAAUCCUACAUGUCUUGCCGCAAGUGAGAUUUUGCACCAUAUCAGAAAUGCUAACGGCUCUGGUGAUCUAAAAUCUGGAUACUCUCUAUUUAACAAUUACUCCACGAGUGCGCCUUAGACAUGAGAUGGCAGAUGGCCAACAAGCGCGAGUAGAACAAAUGUUCAGUUUAUUAAAACAUCCGAAAAAUAUCGAGAAUUCUUCCCUACUUUAUUUGUAAAACCCACCGAUUUUCGGCUUGUUUUUACUUUUGAGCAGACACGUAAAGUUACCAUAUUUGGAGAGCAUGGUAUAAUGGCUCGUAUACAGCUAUUUCUAGAAAGGUUGUCGCAAAAACUGUGCACGCGACAAUCCCGAAAGGUAAUAUGGAAUAUGAUCAAUACACUUGUUCCUGACACUGUAGCUGUCGAACCUACAUUUGUUACUUUCCUUUAGCACUCGCAAACAUACGUCCAUGGCCUCUCUUGCCAUUUUUUGAAAUUUGUUUGAAAAACAGUGAACUGAAAACCGCCUACAAUACCUUUCGGGAUUGUCGCGUGCACUUUUUCCGACAACCUUUCUCGAACUAGCUGUAUACCAUGAUGGCUAAGCCAAUCGGAGCUCUAGAAUUGCAUUAUCCAAUGAUUCAGUUUUUAAUAAUUUGCAUUAUCCCCGGCCCAGUAUCCUAUUAUCCCAAAAAAAAACCGUCUUACGAAGAAAACAAUCCAAUUUUGGGGGUGAAUGGGCUAAACUCCAAACUAAAGCAUAGAAUAGCUCAAAUGUCGAUUUUAUUCGGGAGACUCCAGGAAAUCCUGGAGAGUUGGCACAAUAUGCAAUAUGAAAGCGGUUGAACAAAAGCAAAGUAAGACACUUUGUAAGCAAAAGGUUUUGUUUACAGAUGCAGCAGGGGUUGUUUAAGUAGCAAAAGGAGAAAGAAACGAGACGCAGUUGAGGAGGAAAGUACAAGCAGACAUAUUCUCUCCAGCGGCCCAAUUAUCAUCAAGAAGAACGAGAAGAAGAUAGAAAAACGUGACGCAGGAGGUAGGCCGCACAGACACCUGAGGGCGUGUUCGAUGGACCGUAUCCCGGACUAAGAAUGAAUGGAAUAGACUCUAGAAAUUACUUGUUUUGGCUUUCAUUGCGUUCUUAAUUAAAUAGGCUUUGAUAGAUUGUGCUCGCAAAAGUAACUGUGCUCGUAUAUUUCUAAAAUUAUGCCAAUAAUUAUGCUAGUUUUUGUGAAUUUUGCAAAGUUGCAGAACUGAAGGAUUAUGCCUCUAUUUUUUUUACUUUUAAUUUGCUAAAAAUACCCUAAUAACUAUGCAACAAACAAGUAAAAGGGAAACACGUUUACUCUCUUUACAUCCAGAAACAUUACGAGUUGCAUUACUCAUUCUCUGAAAACUAUUAAAAGUCCCAAACCAGUCCUAGGGGAGUUGAACACUUUUCUGUUUUGUCGCAGGAAUUUGCAUAAUGGCUGGCCACUUUAGUGAAUACAUACACACUCUAUAUCCGUCCGUCACUUAUAAUAGCUUUCCCUUCCCUUUCCUGUUACCUUAAGACUUGUCUAACUAUGGAGGUUUAUUUUUUUCCUUUGUGAUAGAUACUGGGAAAAGCCAACAAACUGCUUUGAUUGGUGGUGCAGCGGCGGUGGGGGGACUGGCCCUGAUUGCUAUCAUAGCCUUGGCUGUUUUAGCUGCUAAAUACCGCAUUGCACGAAUAUUCAUGAACAGGAAAAAGGUCAGAGACUUGUACACUACCCAAGAUGAACAGAUGAGUCGACGAAAUGCCUACAUCCAAGAAGAUGACAUUAUCGAAAAGGAAGACUCCUUUUAAAUUGAAUCCUUACGUUGAACACUUAUCUCGUACCCAG